AUGCUGUCGAAUCAUAGUGAUCUCACCGUGAGGCAAAGAUUGAAUCUCAUUGUCAAAAGCUGUGCAUUCAUAGAGAACUCAACAGAGAGACAAGAUUCUGCAUCGUUCCAAGAAAGGGUAUUUGAUGUUUUGAAACAACUCAGCAUGCUCCAAUCAAUAACACUGAGUCUUUCAUUGUUCAGUAGCAAUGAGCAGUUGAAUGAGAUCAACACAUCGUACCUACCCUUUGCUGCCCUACUGUACUAUGAGGCCAUUCUAUAUCCGAAGUUGUUUAUAGACCCGAAGGAGAAUAUAGACUCGGAUUCGGUGGAUAUCUUGUUGUUUAAACCCAGAAAUCUAAAGACAGCAAAAGUGAAGAACCUUGAAUACUUAACAUUGGUCGAUUCCUUUCGUGACAUUUUAUCACCGGAGCAGCUGUCUAUUCUCAACUCCUUUAAGAAAUCUUACAAUCCAUCGAACGAAGAUAUCUUGGCAGCAACAGGAGACCCAGCCCUGAGACGGGCUAGUAAAAUUGCUAGUUAUAAGCUUGAAAAAGACCUUCUGGGAAAAGUUGUUGCAUUAGACGAAUAUUAUGCCAACUUCGGCGAUAGAGACGGUGCAGACGAAGAUCUUCUUCAAAAGAUGGAUGAAGAUACAGUUCGGUCGCUUUAUGAAAAUCAGUUGAGGCUUUUUUCUGUUAAUGCGUUUAAAAACUUGGAACUUAUCGCAAUGGAGUUACAAGUACUUGAGUCUAGAGAUUCUCAGCAGGACAUAAGAGCAACUGAAGAUAUUAGAGUUCAAAAGAUGCCCCUAGUUGACAGAUUCGAAUACACUUCCAGGUUGGAAUCGGAUCCAACAAAACAAAAAGAUAUUGCCGAUUUGAUAAGCAAGCUGGGAAAAAUUCUACAGCCAUUUGUGAUCACUGGCUCCAGAGAGAAACUCCGCAGCAGUGUAUUUGGCACCGGGCAAGUUUUGCCCUCAAUGUCCAUUGAAGAAUACUUAGAUUAUGAAUUAGCAAACGGUAAGAUGGCCAGCAAUGACGCAAAAGACUCUCAAAUGGGCGACAGCGACGAUAAUACGGAUGACAGCGACGAAGAAAUCAGAAAGCGAGAGUGGGAUGAUUGGAAAGACGAAAAUCCCAAGGGCAGCGGUAACAUGAAGGCAAAUAUGGGGUAG